GGCACUAGAAAAAAAUUCUGCUUGCUGGAGCUCUUUUCAAGGGCAAUCCUACGGUUUCUAAGACCCUCUCAAAGCAUGAGAGCACUCAUCCCCACAGAACACUACCGGGUUCUUUUCGUUCUUUCACCUUCUUUCUCUUCUGUACAAAGUCAAGAAACUUGAAGAUUUCUAUGCUAAUUCUUUGACAUCUUAGAGCCCUUUUUAUUUCAAAACUCACAGUUUUGAUGCUGGAAAAAGGCUCUAGAAACCCUUGAUUCUUCUUCUCUGGAUACCAGUUUCAUAAGGGCUUUUAGAGUCCUGCAAAAGAGGUCCAAACUGUCUUUCAAAAUCUUCCUAAAUAGUCGUCACCGAUAAUUACUAGCUUUACCAGGAUUACUUCACUAAUGAUUCUUGUGUUUAUCUUAAGAUUUUAAAUUUUGAAGUCUAUAUUUGUAACUGCUUGUUUUCCAUCAUCCAUUUGUCAAUCAAGGCUCUCGUUUUUUUCUCUGAGUUCGGCGACAUAAUCAACCUCUUUGACAUCAACUGAAAGAGUUCUCUUCUUUAGCAACAACAGGCUCUGUUUUCUUCAAAUCCUCUGUUUUCUCGAGUUCUGUUUUCUCAAAUUUGUGAGAGAAAUGGUGAGGCUUUUCAGUGUUUUCUCAUUAAGGAACUUACUGGUGCUGUCUGUAGCUCUUAACGUGAGCUUGAUUUUGAGAGUGCUGUACGAGAAAGAGUCUAGAGUCAUUAGCGGUCUCUCUCUGGACAACAGUAGAGAGGCAUUGAGGACUGAUAGCAUGCCUAGUGAAGCACAUGCUACCGAGAGGGAACAUCUGUCUAUGCCAUCUUCUUCUUCGUCUUCUUCUUCAGUGGAUAGCAAUGGCAGGGACAGAGUAAUCAAUCUUGAUCAUGGCGAUCCGACAAUGUAUGAGAGAUAUUGGCAACAAACGGGUGACAAAUCCACCAUUUUGAUUCCUGGUUGGCAAUCGAUGAGCUACUUCUCUGAUGCUGGGAGCCUGUGCUGGUUUUUAGAGCCAGAGUUUGCCAAAGAGAUUAUUAGACUGCACAAAAUAGUUGGCAAUGCAGUCACCGAGGACCGCUACAUUGUUGUCGGGACGGGUUCGACACAGCUAUAUCAAGCUGUAUUAUAUGCACUCUCCCCCCUCGAUGCCGUGGAGCCCCUUAGUGUUGUAUCUGCAUCUCCUUACUACUCUUCUUAUCCAUUAAUCACUGACUGCCUGAAGUCAGGGCUUUAUAAAUGGGCUGGUGAUGCACAGAGUUUCAAUAAAGAAGGACCGUAUAUCGAACUCGUUACCUCCCCUAAUAAUCCAGAUGGGUAUGUCAGGCAGUCUGUUGUCAACAAAAGUGGAGGCAUCUUGGUUCAUGAUCUUGCAUAUUAUUGGCCACAAUACUCGCCAAUAGCUGCCGCCGCCGAUCAUGAUAUUAUGCUCUUCACUGUGUCGAAAAGCACAGGACAUGCUGGGAUGCGCGUUGGAUGGGCUCUUGUCAAGGAUGAAGAAGUAGCCAAAAAGAUGGUGAAAUAUGUAGAGCUUAACACGAUCGGCGUGUCAAAGGAUUCGCAGCUUCGAGCAGCUAAAGUGCUGCAAGUAGUGACUGAUGGCUGCAAAUAUCCUACCAGCGAAGAAGGGUCCCUCUUUGACUUUGCUGCCCACCUCAUGGAAGAGAGGUGGAAGUUAUUAAGGGCCGCGGUCAGGCAAAGUGGUCUCUUCACUUUGCCAGAGUUCCCCCCUGGAUCGUGCAGGUUUCUCAACAUCUCCUUCGCUCCUCGACCAGCUUUUGCAUGGUUGAAGUGCGAAGCACCCAUAGAAGACUGCGAAGCCUUUCUCCGAUCUAACAACAUCUUAACAAGAAGCGGUAUUCAUUUUGGCGUUGGACCACAAUAUGUUAGGAUAAGCAUGCUAGAUCGAGAUGAAAACUAUGAUGUAUUUGUAGAUAGAUUGUCCACCAUCCACCUGCGACAAUCCAUGCAAGGUAGAUGAGACGGCGGAAUAGCAUGGGCCAAAAAAGUCCAUGUCUGUAAAAGACGUAAAAAGAAGGGGGCAAAUGAAAGCACUUCAUGUUUUAU